UGUCGAAUUCAUGCGCGAAAUUGAGCAAUUGUUCUCCUAACAAGCUUUUUUGGGGCCUCGUCAGGGUCUGUCCAUGCUCCUGGGGGUAAAAUGUCAACACUUGCCAUUUUUACUGUCACUGUGUCCGAACUAACAUUUUCUCUUACCUUUGUAGCACCGUGUGUGGACUGACUGUUUCUCUUACCUGCGUAGCAACUGUGUCCAAACUAACGGUUUCUCUUACCUGUGUAGGAUUUUGAAAUGUUCUUCUUACCCGCGUAGCAAGUCCGUCCAGACUAACGGUUUCUAUUACCUGUGUAGGAUCUUGAAAAUGUUGUCGUUUUCGGUUUAGUAGACAUUUUGGGGUAGUCGAGGGUUGUGUAACGUGUCUGUGCGUUUUCAGCGCAUCUAGCCUGGUCACGGCAGACAAAAUUGUAACAUGGGUUUUGGAUCAAAGGUAGAGUUGAGAUGUUUCACUCUGGUUCCUUUAAGUAAGGGGUCUUGAGGUGAGGUAUGAUAGCUUUAUGUAAUUUUAUCGGGAGCACCUAAAAUUGCACGGACGAAAGGUGUGGUUCUGGUUCUGUUGGAGCAACUUUACGAACUUGAAGAGGCACUUUCUAAUAAUACUCUAGACAACUGUUGCAACUGCUUGCAUCUUUCUUGCUUCGAAGAUUGAAGACACUCCUUGCCAAUUAGGACGUGUCGUUACUGUGGCACAUGAAACAAUGUAUAAGAGAAAACCUGAUGCUGCUCGCAGAAUCAAACAGAAGGAGGUCCUUGAGAAGCGGAAGGACCUAAUUUUGAUGGGGGAGGCACUAUUGCUUUCAACCAUCAGGUUUGAUUUCAAUAUACAGCAUCCUUAUGAGCCACUAAAUCUCGCUCUCAAGAAUCUGGGGAUCUCCCAGAAGGAAGUGAAACAAGCUGCAAUAAAUCUCAUAAAUGAUACGCUUCGGACUACAUUGGUAGUGCAAUUUAAACCACACUACAUAGCUGCUGGAGCUCUCCAUCUUGCCGCCAAGUUUCAUGAUGUUACACUCCCUUCUGAACAAGGAAAAGUAUGGUGGCAUCAAUUCGAUGUUGCUCCAAGGCAGUUGCAAGCUGCUAUCCAGCAAAUGAAACAGGUCUUUAAUGAAAGAAACCAACGCCCCGCGGGUCCUGCUAUCGGGCCCAUUCCAGCUCCAGCUCCGGUGGAGAAACAGCAGGCAGUAAGAUUCCCGAAGCCAGCUCUGGUGGCAAAACAGCAGACACUAAGCUUGCCAAAGCCAGCUCCGGUGGCAAAACAGCAGACACUAAGCUUACUGAAGCCAGCUCCAGUGGAGGAACAGCAGGCUGUAAGCUUCCCGAAGCCAGCUCCAGUGGCAAAACAGCAGACAGUAAGCUCCCAGAAGCCUGCUCCGGUGGAGGAACAUCAGACAGUAAGCUCCCCAAAGCCUGCUCCAUUGGAGGAACAGCAGACAGUAAGCUCCAUGAAGCCAGCUCUGGUGGAGGAACAGCAGACAGUAAGCUUCCCGAAGCCUGCUGCGGUGGAGGAACAGCAGUCAGUAAGCUUCCCCAAGCCUGCUUUGGUGAAGAAAGAGCAGACAGCAAGCUCCCUGAAGCCUGCUUUGGUGAAGAAAGAACAGACAGUAAGCUCCCUGAAGCCUGCUUUGGUGAAGAAAGAGCAGACAGUAAGCUCCCUGAAGCCUGCUUUGGUGAAGAAAGAACAGACAGUAAGCUCCCUGAAGCCUGCUUUGGUGAAGAAAGAGCAGACAGCAAGCUCCCUGAAGCCUGCUCCGGCGGAUAACCAGCAGACAGCAAGCUCCCCGAAGCCUGCUCCGGUGGAGAAACAGCAGACAGUAAGCUCCCUGAAGCCUGCUUUGGUGAAGAAAGAGCAGACAACAAGCUCCCUGAAGCCUGCAGCGGAGAAACAGCAGACAGCAAGCUCCCCGAAGCCUGCUCCGGUGGAGAAACAGCAGACAGUAAGCUCCCCGAAGCCUGCUCCGGUGGAGAAACAGCAGAUUAUAAGCUUCCCAAAGCCUGUUCUGAAGUAUACAUAUUCAAGGAGAGGCCUAAGAAACACUGCAGCUCCAACUGUAACUCCAACUCCAACUCUGGUGAAGAAACAGCAGAAAAUAAGCACCCCAGAUGGCCCUGUUUCGCAUGCCUUCUCUCCAAGGGGAGUCCUAAAUGGACCCACUUCAGCUCCAACUAUAACUCCAAACCCGAUGAAAAAACAGCAGGCAUUAAGCACCCUAGACUCUGUUCUGAGGCAAGCACACCCUUCAGUUGGAGGAGUGAAGCGCACUAGAUCUCCAGCUCAAGAUAAAACCCUGGUGAAGAAACAGAAGAUAAUAAGCGCCCCAAACUCUGUUGUGAGGCAUGCACGCCCUUCAGUUGUAGUAGUGAGGCCCACUGGAUCUCCAGCUCGAGCUAGAACCCCGGUGAAGAAAUCGCAGAUAAUAAGCGCCCAAGACUCUGUUCCGAGGCAUACUCGCCCUUCAGUCGGCGGCGAAAGAAGGCCCAGUACAGCUCCAGCUCCAGCUCCUGCUAGUGCUCUGGCAAGGAAACAGCCAACAAUAAGCACCCCAGACUCUGUUAUGAGGCAUACAGAUCCUUCAAGGAAUGAAGAUAGCAAGCCACUGCAAAUGCAUGUGGAUCAUAGCUUGAGUAGAACUGCCAAAGAUGGUAGGCUGGAGAAGCCAUCUUUCCAGGCAGCUCUAAACGCCGAUCAUGGCCACCAUGUCGGCAGCAGACCUAAAGAUGUAAAUAUGACAAGGGUCCCAAACUUGGUCGGACAGAAGAGAAGGAUCCAGGAGGCUGCUGGACAGCCUCCUGCUCCGGCUGAUAGAUGUGCUGGAGAUGCUUCGAGGAGGCCGCAGCUUCCAAGUUUGAUCGUCGCCCCGCCGUCCUGGAAGAAACAGAAGAUCGAUGUUUAAGUUACUUGUUCUGUAUAGACUCAUUGGUACUGCUAUUAAAGACAAUGGUUUGCCUGUAGAGAACUAGAGAUGUUGUGUUAUUGUGGAAAGUGAACAGUGAUUAAGUAUGGAUGCCAUGCGAAUUGUGAUUGUGAGCUCCAGGGAGGAAUAGAGAUGAAAGCAAGCUGCGGCAGAAUGUUUGCCGCCAAGUUUUGUAUGCUCGAAGGCGCUUGAUUGUUCGCAUCAGAAGGAAAUAGAGAUGGGAACCAUGGUGGAUGCUGUGCAGAUUGAUGUAGGCUUGAAAAAUCUGUUGUCUAAUUUAAGCCUAGGAAGCUGAGAGAUGUAAUCCUAAGUUGUUCUGUAAAUUUGAUGUUGUUCAUGGAGGCAAAAUCUGUUUGUCUAAUUUAACCCAGGGGAAACCGAGAAGAAUAGAGGCGGUAGCCGAGAUUGCAGUGUAAAUCUGAUGUAAUAUAUAUAUAGAGAGAGAUAUAUGCGAAGGCAUUCAUUCGUUUUUCUAAUUUAGCCUAGGAAACAAUUUUGUCUGUACAAACAUGACUUAUAUAUGUAUAUAUAUACCUUGUUAAAGUGUA